AUGGGCUUGGUCCUUAGCGUCUCUGCUGCCCUUAUUAUUCCCACCAAUCUGCUAGUUGCUGCUGCUCUGCUGAAGCUGCUCCUUAAGCGGGGAUGUCAGAGCUGGUGUUUCGUCCUUAACUUGGCUCUGGCUGACACUCUGGUAGGUGUAGCCAUCACUGGACUUGCUACAGAGGACUUCAGCAACAGUUUCAGUCACCACCACUAUGCUCCCUUAGUGAGUUAUAAUUCCACGAACACAAGCCAACCUGCUCCCCCGGGUAAGACUCGAUGUUUGCUGAGAAUGGCCUUUCUGACAUCUCCAUGCGUGGCAUCCAUCUCGUCUAUGUUCCUAAUCUCACUGGACCGUUACAUAGCCAUCAAGCUGCCCCUGCAUUACUCUCUGAUGUCUGGAAGAGGGAAGACGGUUGGAUUUUUAUUGGCUCUGUGGAUUGGCUCCUUCACAACCGGAUUUUUACCAGUGAUGGUGCACCAGCUGCAAGCGGCGGGACCCUACGAUGGCUUCUGCGCUUUCUUUAACGUCACCCAUGACAUCACCAUCAUCAUUCUGUACUGCGCGCUGUUCUUCCCCCUGCUCUCCCUCUUCAUCUUCAUGUACCUGGACAUCCUGAAGAUUGCCUGCAUCCACCACAAGCAGAUCUCCCAGAUAAGGCAAAUGAGCUCCAGAGCUGAGGACAGCCAUCAUGGACCAUCCCAGUACCACCAUCAUCCGCAGCAUCACCUGCUGAGGAGCUGGAGUCACGUUAAGGCCUUGAAGACGGUGCUGGUGCUUGUUGGCUGUUUCCUGGUGCUUUGGAGCCCUUUCUUUGUGGUGUGCAUUGUUCACCUUCUGUGUAGGAGGUGUGCUCUUAAGGAGGUGCUGGAGAACUACCUGUGGCUCCUGGGACUCCUCAACUCUCUGAUAAACCCUCUGGUGUACGCCUGCUGGCAGAGAGAGGUGCGCCUGCAGCUGUCAGCCAUGUUUUCCUGCAUCACCAGCAGGCUGCUGUCUGAAGCAGCCCCAGGUGUGAUGGAGAGAGGCCACUCGUCUCCGCCUGCGCACAAUCAUGCUUGUGUUUCUGAGGGAGACACCCCCAGCCCUUCAAUAAUGAUCCCCAUCAGCAGUCUGGAUGCUCAAGCUGUUCACUUCACUGACACCACCAGUUUGUGA